AUGACAGGGGUAAGGGUAGCGACAGAGGCAGAGGCAAGGACAGGGACAGUGGCUCGACAGAGACAGAAGCAAAGGCAAAGGCAGGGACAGGCACAGAAGCAGAGGCAGAAGAAGAGGCAGAGGCAGAGACUAGCAGGCACAGGGGUAGAGGAAGAGGCAGAGGCAGGGGUAGAGACAGAGGCAGUGCUUGAGACGGGGGCAGAGAGACAGAGGCAGAGACAAGCAGUGGUAGCGGCAGAGGUAGGAGCAGGGGCAGAUACAGAAACAAAGGCAAUGGCAGGGGCAGGGAAAGAGGCUGAGGCAGGGGCAGAGACAAAAGCAGAGGCAGAGUCAGGGGCAGGGAAAGAGACAAUGGCAGAGGCAGAAAUAGAAACAGAGGGAAAUCCGUAG